CCUCCGCCCCCCCUACCCUACCCGGUUCCCCUAUUUUCAGCUAAAUUCCCACCACCAAACUACGACAACAUGAAUGGAGCACAGAUGAACGCAGGGUACACCACCAGCUCCGGCGACCCCUCGGGAAACCCUUACCCUUACAACCAACACAACACCAGCUUCGGCGGCCCCUCGGGAAACCCUUACCCUUACAACCCCUACUACCCACCGCCGCAGCAGGCCAUGCAGAGCACGAACAAUACGGCAGUGGUCACUCACCAGCCUGCUGUGGUCACUCAGCCGGUGAUUCAGCAAGUGCCGGACCGUAUGGGCCUGGCUAUCUUCGUCACCUUAUGCUGUUUCUGGCCACUUGGUAUUGUCGCCAUCAUGAAAGCUUCCGAAUCCCGUUCAGCUCUGAAUCACAACGACUUUGUGGCUGCAAACAAACACGCCGAAUCUUCCAAGCGGCUCUCCCUCAUUUCUAUUGGAUGUGGAGUUGUAUCCCUCAUCAUCGUCAUCGUUUGUGUUGCUGUGUUCUUCAGCAACCGCAAAACCCUCCGCUACUACACCUACUGAUUUCACCAUGAUGCCUCACAAAUAAAUGAGCGAGAAAAUAGCUGCCAAAGUUCGGUACUUCGACCGACUGCUGUAGUGUCCAUGGAAAAUGCAAAUUUACAAUUUUUAUGCCUAUGAUCAAUGUUUUUCAAUAAAAGACCCUCAUAUAAUAAUAUGUUCCGAAAUGGACACAAAAGGUGUUGAGCUUUUUAAAAAUCGAUAAAAAUUGGCCAAUGUUGGAAAAUGUCGGUUUCUUUGAUUUCAUUAUUGUGAGGAAAGCGCCUGAUUUCACUCAGGUGCCACAGAAUAAAUACCAAUAUUUCAAAGGA